AUGAAAAGAAAAUCUGGUUAUUAUGCACCAUUGACAAUGAGUGGUACAUUAUUUCUUAAUAGUAUUAUGAAUAGUUGUUAUGAUAAUGUUCAAAAUCAUGAAUCAACACAUUUUUUCAGUGGUCUAUUACGUGUGUAUUAUUAUCGAUUAGCUCAAUCAUGGUUCAUCAAUGAACCUUUUAGCCAUCAACAGAUGGAAGGUGUCCAUGUAUCAUAUCAAAAAGUAUUUUCAUUACCUGCUGAUAUGUCCAACAGAACCACAGCACAUGGAUCUGAAGAACAUCAUAAAUUAAUAGUUGAUUCGACUUUCAUCGCAAUACCCCAACCUAAUGAUUCAACUCAACGUAAAGCAUAG